UCACAGCCCCUCGGUCCCAUGGUGCACAGCGAACAGAAUGCACAUGAUGAUCUGGUCCACACCCUUCCUGUGCUUUAAAUAGGAGUCGUGUGAACUUGACUAAAGACGACCCAACUGACUACAAACAUCAGAGCCAUUUCCUUCCUAACAAAAUCUUGUGCUGGAGCAGACCUGUAAAGAUUAUUAGCCAAGACUGAACAACUGAGCUGAUAUCAGAGAUAAUGGAGGGACCAGAAGUAGUCAAUCAGCAGCAAGCCUAUUCGACCCCCCAGUACGGAGGUCCUCCUCCCCAGUGGGGGUACCAACCACCUGUGGUGACGCAGCCGCAAAUGUCAAACACCAACAACACCACAGUCGUCAUCAACCAACAGUCCGCUGGACCUGCGUACAAACCGCCGCGCGCAUGGAGCACCGGCAUCUGCGGCUGUUUCGACGACCUCGGCGUCUGUUGCUGCGUGUGGUGGUGUACACCGUGUGCUAUCAGCCAGUUGGUCGGGGACAUGGGAGAGCACUGCUGCGUCCCUUGCUGCGUGCCGGGCUGGCUUGUCGCCCUUAGAACUAAGCUGCGAACGCAGCACAAUAUUCAGGGAGGUGUCAUGAGCGACUGUUGCGCCGCCUACUACUGCUACUACUGCGUCCUUUGUCAGAUGAUGAGGGAGGUCAAGCUUACGAGGGGUUUGAGUCCCUGAACCGAGGACUACUUGUGGAGCCUAUGGAAGCAAAGACAUUUACUCCAUUCAUCAACUUUCAACAAAGUUACUUUUUAACUUAACAGCUUAAUUUUUACUUUCUCUUGUAUAUAUAUAUAUAAAACAUAGAGAGAAAAAGCCUGCAGAUGAAAAGUAAGUGAAACAGAGAAAGACCAAGUAGAAUUGAAUACAAUAAAAACUAUUUACGGAAGGCAAAGAGAAUUCAAUCCCGCGGAAAACAGAUAGUUAAGGGGGUUAGAAAUAUCUCGGUAUUUCUCUGCACUGGAAAGAUGUUAUUUGUUCCUACACAUAUUAGAAAACAUUUAAUGCAGAAUAAGAAAAGAAAAAGAAAAUCAUCUCAAUAUACGAGAAGAGAAGAGAAACAGACGUUCUUCAAGAUGUUUGAGAUCACAAUUUAGUUAAAUUUAAUUCUGGGAUACCAAACCUACAAGAAAAUGAAAAAGGCCAGCUGGUUUGAAGAUACAACUUGGCCGAGGCAGGUAGACAGUUAAUAAUGGGGAAAAAUUCCCAGAAGGGAUAAUUUUAUUAGUAAAUAUUUGAAAUAAAAAUGAGUUUGGAGAGAUGUAUUUUACGCAUAUAAUUGGGAAAUGUAUUUCCUAGAAUGAGAAGAAAUAAAUUAUCAAGGGACGUAUCUCCUUUCUGGCACAGUUAUUAAAAUAAUGGAUAAUGUUGAUACUGAUUUUAUAAUUAUAUAGUUAAAUCAGAUUUCUAUUUAAGAAAAAAUGAGAAACAAGAUUUCUGCUACAACAUUUUAAUACGUGUAUGACAUCGAGCAAUGAAAGUCAAGGGUGGAAAUAUGUUACAACAAAUGUACACAACAUUGAUGUCAUACAACUCGAAAAUCAAGUUUGUAUUAAUGCUAUAUAAUCUCUUAUGUACAAAGUUGUUUAUUUGUAAAUGUCAUUAUAAUCUAUGCAUUUUUAAAAAAAGCUUUUUUUAUUCAAAGCAAUCAUUUUAUAAACUUUUUUUAUCUAUUAUCUGCACAGUAUUAUUUGUCACUUUAGACAGUUGUAAUAACAUGUAAUUCUGAGGGAGAUUUAUUGUAGUUUACAUACAUGGGCAAAGUGUGCAUUUUUGGUACUACACAAGAACAAAUUACAGAAAUAAAUGAUCAUGCUGUACAAAAA